CUUUCCAAGAACCAUAAUCUUUACAAUGUCUGAAUCUCGACAAGAGUUGUUGGCCUGGCUCAACGAAGUCACAAAACUUGGUCUAUCAAGGAUUGAAGAUUGUGGAAAAGGGUACACUAUGCUUGUAAUUAUGGAUUCUAUAUAUCAGGAUGUCCCUUUAAAAAAGGUGAACUUUGAUUGCAAUAACGAUUAUCAGUACAUAAACAACUGGAAAGUUCUUCAACAAGUGUUUUUAAGGAAAGGAAUUGAUAAAGUCGUGGACCCAGAGCGUCUUUCGCGUUGCAAAAUGCAAGACAAUUUAGAGUUUGUUCAAUGGGCAAAACGAUUUUGGGAUCAGUAUUACCCUGGUGGUGAUUAUGAUGCUUUGGCGCGUCGUGGUGGACGUGCUCUGGGACAACAUGGUGCAUCUCCUAAUGCUCCUAGAAGAAGACACGUCUCAUCUGGCAGUUCUGGAAACCCUACUCCUCGCUCUAGUUUAAAUGCAACAAAUGCACCCAACAACAAUACCGCCGCUGUGCUUCGUGCCAAGCAAGCACAGCAACAGAUUACCAACUUGGAAGGCCAACUCACAGAAGCCAAUGAAACCAUGUUUGCUUUAGAACGUGAAAGGGACUUUUACUUUAAUAAAUUACGUGAAGUUGAGAUUUUAGUGCAAACGCAUUUGAGUGCAGAGCCAAUGUCACAUGAAACCAUGCUUGAAAGAAUUCAAGCAAUUUUAUAUUCUACCGAAGAUGGAUUUGAGCUUCCUUCAGAAACGGAGAGACCAAUGGAUCCAUAUCCACUUGUUGACCAUAACAUGAGCAAUGUCGUUGAUGAACCUCAUAUGAGUGAAACCAAGCCCGCCGACAUGCCUUCAAAUCCAGGUGCUCCUGACUUUGUUCGCGCUCGUCUACAAAGUCUUGAAGUCGACGAUGAUGACGAAAAUCUUACUUUUUAGGCGAUUUACAUUUCGCUCAUUCAGUUAUUUCCUAAACAUAUUUAGAUAUCUUCUCUCAACUCAUUCAUCUUGUCUUUCUUUUCCGUUCUGUUUCAAAAAAAACAUUUAUUUUUAGUAUCGGUGCUCUGGGCAUGACCGUUGUUAAAAUAUGUUAUGUUUUCUAAUUUAUCUUUGUCUUUUAUGGACUUUAUUUCUUCAUGUUUGCAAAAUAUUAAUAAAACUGAUGGUUGUUCUUUCAUACAGAAUCUUUUAUUGCCAUAUACCUUCUGCCGGACUUCCUUUGCCAAUAUUCAUUUACUUUUAUAUCAAAUUUAGAUACAAGAUGCUCGCUAAUCAUGUUGAAUGUUUGAAAGCACUAAUGGAAUUUCAUGAUACUUCAAAAACCACCCUUUCUUGCAAGUACGUAAACAUGUA